AUUGCUAUCUCACUUUACUAUUAUGAUCUUUUCCUAUAGCUACCUCUUUCUAAUGACCUUUGAAUAUGCUGAAUAAUAAUAUCGUGAAAUCUUUGUUUACUUCUCAACUCAACUUGUAUCUUGUAGGAGUGUUUUUGAUUUUUGUUAUUGUGACUGUGACUAAAAAUAUUAUCAAUAAAAGAUUCUUGCGUGUUAUCUCAUAGUGAUUAUCGGAACUAUCGGAAAUACAAAGACGUUGAACAGUAAAAACAAUCGUAAAGUGGGUGAAAUUAUUAGUGGUUUACUAUUUAAUAUCAAUAGGUAAUUAAUAGUCAUUGUGUAUAUUAUUCUACUGUUUACAAAUUUCAUUUCGUGUUGUUCUCGUGAAUAGUAUUAUGUAAUGUAAGAAUUAAAUCGACGAAUCUCGCACGUAAGGCAACAAUCACCUAAACACGCGCCCUAUAUUUUAUUGUAUAAAUCUGUGAAAUAAAUAAACAUUGUAACUCGACACGUGGGUCUCUGUGAAUUAAAAUCGAUAAAGACGGCGUGCGCCAGUCUAUCAACGAGGCGAUUCUUCGUCAAGGUCACUUCACAUAAACACGUGCAAUGUCGGAUUCUAUUUACAAUCAUGACUUUCUUUUAGAACCGAGUUUAGAAAUCAAACAGGAGUCUCCCUUCGAGUUAGGGACGAUGUCAGCAUCCGUCCCGAUUCCACAGAGACGCACUGACAUCUGUGACUUCAGCUCAGACAUAGACCUGUGCUUACAAGACUCUCAAGUUGGUUCAUUUCACAGUGUGCCCACACUGUCCUACAGUAAGCUUUCCUUCGAUACUGAAUCUCCUAAAAUGGAACCGUUCAAGAUGGAAGAUGAUGAUAUAUUCCAAGUGGACAAAGCUGAUUUAAUAUUGGGCCCGACUCUGGCUGAACUAAAUGCGAACCCAGAUACUUCGCUCGACGAUUUAAAUUUUGAUGACUUACUUUUACCAGAAGAAAGUGGCUACUAUAUACAAAUAGGUGGUGCCAUGAGUGGUUCCAGACGUACCAUGAAUACAUUGCAGACCUCUAACAUGAUGACUGAGAGCCCAAGCAGCCCGUAUGGGCAUGCUCAGCUUGCAUUUUCACCAUCUAGCCAACACAGUUCUGCAUCUUCUAGUUUUGCUCCUCCCAUCAACCAAUUGCCAGAACUGCUUCUGCGCAUGGAUGGGUAUAGUGGUGAAAUAGCUUUGGGACAGUCUGUGCCUGCAUCUUCAGUCUUGCCACCGUUUCCCAGCAGUGCUAAAACACAACAAGCACAACUCUCAUCCUCUGCCCCAACACAUCUGACAAUGGAGCAGAUAUGGCAACGGAGGGAGCCACGCAAACACUUGUUAUCCACCAGCUCGCUGGCUGAAGCUGGCUCAGUCUCCUCUCUAUCUGGAGGCCUUCUCAGCCCUGGCACUGGGGACUUCUCACAGGAUGAGGACGACAGGGACAUAGAGUCUGAUGAAGACAGUGACAGAUAUGAGGAUCUUUCUUCAGAUGAUUCCAAUGAUGACUGUCCAGAGAGGAGAGAAGCAAGACAAAAUGCAAAAAGAGAGAGAUUCUUUUGGCAGUACAACGUCCAAGCUAAAGGACCUAAAGGGCAAAGGCUGAUUCUAAAAAAGAAAUCGGAGGACCCGCAUGUUCUAAAUUCAGUAACAGACCCAGUGUUCAGCCCAAACUGUAAUGUUAAAGGCAUUAAACACAGUGGAAAAGCACGAAAGGGAGAUGGAAAUGACCUUACACCAAACCCUAGAAAACUUUAUCUAAUCGGUUUAGAACUGGACAAAUUGGGCAAAGUUAUAAAUGAUAUGACUCCCGUCAGUGAAUUGCCAUUCAAUGUAAGGCCAAAGACAAGGAAAGAGAAAAAUAAACUUGCCUCAAGAGCUUGCAGGUUGAAGAAGAAAGCACAACAUGAAGCUAACAAGUUAAAACUGUACGGCUUGCAACAGGAACACAGACGUCUGAUGAAUGGAAUCAAUCAAUUAAAGCAAAUUAUUAGCGGCCGAGUCACCAACCCAGAAAACAACGUUGAUUGGUCAACGCACAUCAAUGACGUAGUUAAUACAGCAACAGAGGUCAAAAUAGCCGGCAAAACUUCAGAGUUCGUUAAUCAAAUAUUGGACAAUGUGAAAUCGGGACAAAAUAACGGCGGUCUAACCGACAUAUAAAGGUAACCCGUAACAUUUACGAAUAUUAUAAACUAAAGGCUGUUUUAUGUACCUCCAAAGUUAUUUAGAAAUAAAUCUUGUGUCUUUCAUAUGAAGGCUUAGUUGUCAAAGACAAUUAUAUUUUUAUAUGGACCGAAAAUAGAUGUAAUAAAUAGGGAUAUCACAAGGCAACUAAUGUAAAUGGUGAAAACAAUUCUCAUGAAAUCAUUAGUUAUUAAUUUUAAUAGCAUAUUACAUUUGUGUACUAAUUUGUGUCUAUUUUAAGAGUAUCUAGCUAGAAUUUAAGUUAGUAGGAAAUGUAAGCCAAACGAUAAUAUUAGUAGUAGUUACUUGGUGAAAUAAGUGCUAGAUUUUAAGUAUCACCCUUAAGCGAAUGCUAACAGCCAUGGUUUGAAAUUUGCUAAAUUCAGUUAUAUAAAUGUAGAUAUUAUUAGUACAAAUUGUUACGGCUGUACUCACUUAUUUAUUCGAUGUAAGCCCCUAGUCGGGCUUACAUCAACUAAAUACAUAAAGCGGUAACAAUCAACACUUGUAAUAGAAAUCACUCACAAUAGUUUAAAAGUUAUAAUGUAAAUAUGAAUGUUGGUAACAUAACGAAGUUGUGAGUAAGGACCGAAUUACCGGUAUUUCUUUUCAUAGCGUUACCAAAGCUCCGUUAUGGAAACGUCAAAAAGUAACGAUAAAAAUAACGAUACCAUAACGUUAUCUAGAUACCAUUAUUAGUACUGGAAAUGUUAAGAAUACUUAAUACCUGUAGUAAUUAUAUAUCUAUCUCUAACAAUGCCGUGUAUAAAGUAACAUCUUCGCUCGACGCGCAUUUUACUGUUACGAUUAAAAUAAAAGGUUAAAUCACAUUCACAAACCGCUUCUAAAAACGUAACCGCUUCUAAAACCGGUUUAACGUAACAUAACGAAUGUUACGUAACAACAUUGUUGUUGUAACAACACAUAAAUAUGUAUGUAACAUAUGUUAUGGUAAAAAUUUAGUUACGAUAACCGCCCCUGGUUGUAAUUGAAAUUGGCAAGAUGUUUUAAACCGUACUUAUUAGCAUUUGAAUAGGGUAUUGAAUUAAACAUUUGAUGUGAAACCAUAGCUCAACUGUUUAUAGUUGGAUUUUUAAUUAAACAAAGCAAAUUGAAGUUUUCGGGGUUGCCAGUUUUUUCGUAAAAUACGAAGUAAUAUACAAAGGACAAAAGGAGACUGAUAUGAAUCACUGACUCAGUACCUACAAUGAGUACCUGUAGAGUAUAGAUAGGAUAAGAAAAUUAAUAUGGGCAGACUCGUUAGUCUAGAGCUAGAUUCUAGUGGUUGAUAACUGAGUUCGAAAUCAUGGGUCAUGCAUUUGAUUCCCAGUCUGAACAAACCUUUGUGUGAUGAACAGUCUGUGUUUCAGAUUGUUUUUUGUACUGAGUCUAAGUGUCACUUUUCUACGUAUUUAUAUGUACAUAUUGUAUUAUAUAAAAAGUAUGCGCCCGUGUGUAUGUUACGUAUUAAAAUUGUGUGAGCUCUGCUUAAAAUAGAGAAGUAGAAACUAGUUUGUUUACUCAUUCACAAUGACACAACUGAACCAUGUCACAUCACUAUUACUUUAAAUAUGGUAUUAUUAUUUCACAAUUUGACAUUAGCUAAUGUCAAAACGCUUUGUUUA